GGUGACGUCAGCAGCGGCGGCCAUUACACGGUGCGGAGCGAGGAGCGGCAGCGCUGCCGCAGCCGGAGCGCCCCGGGCCGCCCUCUCCCCGCGCCCGCCCGCCCGCCCUGACGCGUCGCGGCCGCCGCCGCCGCUGUGGGGAGCGCGGAUCGCAGGGGCCCGCGGGGCGGUGCGGCAGCAGCAGCCGGUGAGGAGGAGGAGGAGGAGGGGGAGAGCGGGAUGGAGGAGAAGGUCUUCACCAAGGAGCUCGACCAGUGGGUGGAGCAGCUCAACGAGUGCAAGCAGCUGUCCGAGGGGCAGGUGAAGAGCCUCUGCGAGAAGGCUAAAGAAAUUUUGACAAAAGAAUCCAACGUACAAGAAGUGCGAUGUCCAGUCACAGUCUGUGGAGAUGUCCAUGGACAAUUUCACGACCUCAUGGAACUUUUCAGAAUUGGAGGCAAAUCACCAGACACAAACUAUUUGUUUAUGGGGGACUAUGUUGACAGAGGAUAUUAUUCAGUCGAAACAGUCACAUUGCUUGUAGCUCUUAAGGUCCGUUACCGUGAACGUAUCACAAUUCUUCGGGGGAACCAUGAAAGCAGGCAAAUCACACAAGUUUAUGGUUUCUAUGACGAAUGUUUAAGGAAAUACGGAAAUGCAAAUGUUUGGAAGUACUUUACAGACCUUUUUGAUUACCUGCCUCUAACUGCCUUGGUGGAUGGCCAGAUUUUUUGUCUACAUGGUGGCCUCUCUCCAUCUAUAGAUACACUGGAUCACAUCAGAGCACUUGAUCGCUUGCAGGAAGUUCCCCAUGAGGGUCCAAUGUGUGACUUGCUAUGGUCAGAUCCAGAUGAUCGUGGUGGCUGGGGAAUUUCUCCUCGAGGUGCAGGUUAUACAUUUGGACAGGAUAUUUCAGAAACCUUUAACCAUGCUAAUGGCCUUACGUUGGUUUCAAGAGCUCAUCAGUUGGUAAUGGAGGGGUACAACUGGUGCCAUGAUCGGAAUGUAGUAACAAUUUUCAGUGCUCCAAACUAUUGUUACCGUUGUGGCAACCAGGCUGCAAUUAUGGAACUUGAUGAUACUCUAAAAUAUUCCUUUUUGCAGUUUGACCCGGCGCCACGCAGAGGUGAACCGCAUGUUACUCGUCGCACCCCAGACUACUUCCUGUAAAGAGAUUUUAGACCUGUACAGUAUUGCCAUGAACCAUAUGUUGACCUAAAGAAAAUGGGAAGAGCAACAGUAACUCCAAAGUGUCAGAAAAUAUUUAACAUUCAAACUUUGUUUUCACAUGGACCAAAAGACGUGCCAUAUUCAAUACAAAGCCUCUUGUCAUCAACAACUGUGACCACUUUAGAAUGAACCAGUUCAUUGCAUGCUGAAGCAACAUUGUUGGUCAAGAAACCAGUUUCUGGCAUAGCGCUAUUUGUAGUUACUUUUGCUUUCUCUGAGAGACUGCAAAUAAUAAGAUGUAGACAUUAACACCUCGUGAAUACAUUUAACUUUCCAUUUAGCUAUAGCUUUAUUCAGCAUGACUGUAGAUAAGGGUAGCAGCAAACAAUCAUUGAAGCUUAAAGAACAUUUUUAAAAUAAGUACUGAGGCCUCAUAUUUGUUCUGAAACUGUUUUAUUUUCAGGGAAUACUGUUUAAUUUAAUUGUAUUGAUUUUUUUUUUUUGUCUGCACUCAGUUCCCUUUUCCACUCUGCCCUACCAUAUUGUCCCUUGUAAUUGUCCAAGGAUAGUGAAUUACUUUGAACAGAACUGUUUUUUUCUGUAAAACAAUGUUACUGCAGGACAGAGCUGCAGUGUUUUUCAUAAUAAACUUGUGAACUAAGUAUGGAAAAAUGUCAAAAUUCUAAUUGCAUCUCAGGUCAACUGUGGUUUAAUAAACUAACAUGUAGCUGGAUGGAUUUUAUAAACUUGCAUAGAAAUUUCCACCUUCUAAAUAAGUAAAACUGAGGUAAUUUGGAGUGUGCUGGAAAACUCUGACCUUCUGAAUCCUGUCCCAGGAAGGUGCCUGGGCCUGUGUCUCACAGCUGAGAACAGCUUGCUGGUUACUCACAUGUUGCUCUUUCCCUCUUGGUGCUCUACUGAAAUGCUCAGAAAUGGAAGAAUAUAAGUUCACUUAACUGAUUGCUUGUGGCUUUAUUUCAAGUGUAAAUCUAAGUUUGAGUAAUUUACAAUGUAGGUGCUAAUACUUAAAAAACAAUUUUUCUGAACAACUAAGAAUAAAACCAAUUUUGUAAAUAUUAAAGGAAACAACUUGAAGUUUAGUGCUACGUGUAUUUGCCCAGGCUUCCAUUCUGAAAAACAGUGGUAUGUGGUUUAUGUUAACUUCUGUUUAAAUAUUUCCUUUCUACUAACUUCAAAAUCUGAAUCCUAAUUUGAUGAUUUGGUUCAAAGCCAGAAUUCAAAUGUUAAACCUUCUUGAGGCUUGUGUGUGAAACUUCUUGGGUACAUCUAAAUUAUGUACCUGGCUGUUGACUUAGUAGAAGGUCUCUUAAUAUUCAGAUUGUUUGAGACUUUAAGUUUCUUGGGCACAGUGUAGAUUCUGUAAUAACAUGGAGAUUUGUUUUUUACACUGCUUGUUUCUAAGGGAACACACAAAUUUUGCAAAUGUUGAACUCGCCUGGAGGUCUAGUCCUAGCCAUGUUUUUCUGAAAAGUUGGAGUACCACUUAAUUCUUUAACUUGAAAAGAAGAUGCUGCAUUUCAACAAGCAUUGCUUCAUCCCCUUUCAGAAGGGCUCAAGUGGUUGCUUUUCCUUCAGCAGAAUUUGAGUCCUGUUGGGUUCCAAAUGGCUUCUGGAGAGCUCAGUCUGCUGUAGUUUGAUCUUGUACAGGAAGAAGUGCAUGCCUAAAAUAAGUGCAUCUGAAGUUGCUUUUUUUAGUAUAGUGGGAGCUUUGGCUUUGAUCACUAUUAAAACAAUCCUUUGCUGAGAGUAGUUCAUGUUCCAUUCCUGUCACUUGUCUUUCUCUAUGUUUGUGUAGAUGGGACUUUGUGCUUUCAUUGACACCAUUCCUUCAAGAGGAAUGACUUUGCCCUAUUUUCUGCUUUUCUUGUUGCUUUAAUUGGUGUGACUCAUCUGCUCUGGCAGGGAGCAGUCCUUUCUUUGCUUCAGUUUCUGUACACAAAUCCAAGUGCUUGUUAGUAAAGUCCAUGGACAAUGUUGGAGUCACUCCA